CAAAGGACCAAUCUUUUCUCUUUCUCAGUUUCUUCAAUCAUUCUUCAGAAAAAAAAAAAAACAUUUCAUAACUCCAAAUAGAUCUCUCUAAACUCUUUCUUUCAUUCUAUAUUCUCUUUCACGAUUCAAUCCCUAUUUUCUAGGGUUUCGGAUCCUUCACUCUUUUUCUUCUUCUUCUUCAUGUUUUUCUCUGACCUAAAUUAAUGGCGUCAAUCCGACGGACGCUAUCUCCGGCCUAUAACGACCGUCACCACUACAUAAACUCCGUCUUUUCGUCUUCCUCUCCGUCUCACAAACUUCCUUCUUCGAACGCUAACUACUCCGCUUUAGCUUCCUCGUUUCAGAAACUAAUCGGUAGCGUUUUCAUGCGACGCUACAAUCGGAAGGGACAAUGGCGACGAAUUGCUUACAGGUGUGUGAUUUUCUUCUUCGCCGGGAUUUUGUUAGGAAUGUUUCCGUUUGGUAAUCUUGUUCAUGAUAUUCCUCAUCGACGGAACGAGAAAAUCAGUUUCGAUAUCAAGACUCCUCACGCCGACGAUGAUGCUCAGUUAGUUCUGGACGAUCGUGUUCCGGUAAAGCGCGGUGCCGGCGGCGGAGGUGGAGGCGGAGUAGGUGAAGACAACGGAGGCGGUGGUGGCGGUGGAGAUACUGGUUUUGUGAUUGAUCCUGUGAGUUUGAGCUUGAGGAUGAACGAUGAGAAGGAGAAGGAGAAGGUGAAGGUGAAGGCAAGGGAUUUGGUUGAAUCUGAGAGGUUUGAUAUUGUGACGAGGAAGCAAUUGAUUGUGGUGACACCGACUUAUAACCGAGCUUUUCAGGCGUAUUUUUUGAAUAGGUUAGGGCAGGUUUUGAGAUUGGUGCCGCCGCCGGUUUUAUGGGUGGUGGUGGAGAUGAAUUCUGCUUCUAUGGAGACUGCUGAGUUGUUGAGGAAAACGGGUGUGAUGUAUAGGCAUUUGGUGUGUGGUAAGAAUUCGACUGAUUUGAAGGAUAGAGGAGUUCAUCAGAGGAAUACGGCGUUGGAGCAUAUUGAACAUCAUAAGCUUGAUGGGAUUGUUUACUUUGCUGAUGAUGAUAAUGUGUAUUCUCUUGAGUUGUUUCAGACAAUUAGAGAUAUCAGUCGUUUUGGCACUUGGCCUCUCGCCAUGCUUGCACCAAGCAAAAACAAGGCUAUUUUGGAGGGUCCGGUAUGCAAUGGAAGCCAAGUGAUUGGGUGGCAUACAAAUGAGAAAAGUAAAAGACUUCGAAGAUUUCAUGUUGAUAUGUCUGGAUUUGCAUUCAACAGCUCAAUCCUGUGGGAUCCCAAGCGGUGGCGACGCCCUACUUCAAAACCUAUACGGCAAUUAGAUUCAGUGAAGGAGGGUUUUCAGGAAACCACCUUUAUAGAACAAUUGGUAGAAGAUGAGAGGCAAAUGGAAGGUUCUCCUGCUGGUUGUAAGAAAAUAAUGAAUUGGCAUCUCCAUUUGGAUGUUCAUAAUGUAGUUUAUCCAAAGGGUUGGAUGCUUGAGAAAAACCUAGAUGCUGUCAUUCCCAUCAAGUAAUCCUCCAUCAAUUCUAGAGUGUGCGAUAGUUUGCCCAUGUUUGGUACUGGUCCAGCACUGAAUAGAUGGGUGCAUCAGUUAGCCAGCAUUGGCACUAAUGCUAUGUUGCCCAGCAAGACAGAAACAGGUUAUUGAUUUUGUUUCCCAAAUUUUCUUGCACAUAAUUGUUUGCAGGGGAAAUUUUUUGUUAUUGUAAAGUAUGUUACCUUUUGUUCUUUUAGAAAGAAAUCCUCUCCAAAGGAGAAAAAGAAUUGUUUAAAUCAACUUGUUUGAUUGUCAGUGUUGUACACAGUUAUGUAGUUAGUGGACAAUUCAUUCCAAGGACUGA